CGCCUCCAUCGCAGGCCACUCUUCAUCUCAUUUCUCGCACAGCAUUGCUCUCAACAUGAUGUUCUCCGGAUUCCCACCCCCCGCACUCGCGGAUCCCCGAUCCACGGUGGACAGAUAAGAGCUGCCAGGCGGAGAAAGUACCAUCAGUGGAGUCGAGUUGCCUACCUUCGCCUAACUAUAUCUAAGACCCUACGGGCUACAGCAGCCCCUGUCCCAUUACACAUCCCCUCCGCAGCGAGAACUAACUCCAUUAGACCCACAAACCAGAAAAGCCUCACAUGUCACACCCCGGGUUGACUGGCCACGAACCACAUGUUUUCCCUUCUGCAAAUCGGUAGGGGGUGUGCCACAUCCAGCUCGUUGAGGAGUCAAAUCCUCCGGCGCUGCAUAUAAGCAGGCAAUAUUCCGACUCUUCAUCGACAUAUUUCUCCCAUCACUCGUCCUACAGCCCCCCUUCCCUUGUCAUUAGGGUCAACAUGAUCGCGUCAACCGACUCCAUCUCCUCAUCCAACUCAACCACCUCUAUCGAAACCCUCACCCAAUACAACCCCGAAAUCAAGCAGGAGGCUCUCUACGAAAAGGUUAUUCUCGUAAUCGGCGGAGCCAACGGUAUCGGCGCCAGCCUCGUAGAACUCUGCUGCGAGAACCAAGCCUACGUGUGCAUCGGCGACAAAGACGGCCCUCGAGGGUCGCACCUAGCUCGGCAGUGUCGCGACAACUGGCCCGUGUACACCGAGCCCGCCGCGCCACCCAAGCCCGCACGGUCUGCCUUCCAGCCCGUCGAUAUCACCGACUACCAAUCUGUGCUGCAGCUGUUCGAGUUCGCAUUCAAGACCUACAAGCGCAUCGACCAUGUCGUCGUCACAGCUGGCAGCAUGGAGUCAACGGAGAACUGGUUCGACAAUUCUCUGAACCUGGAUGCUAUUCGCAAGCACCCCUCAACCGACGACCUAACCGUCAACCUCCUCGGCCCACUCUACAUCACGCGGAUCGCAAGCGUCUACCUCCGCCACAACCGAGGCCCCCUCACCGACCGUUCCAUCACCCUCUUCUCCUGCACGGCCGGCUUCAAAGAAACCCCGGGCGUAUCCGUCUACCAAGCCGCCAAACACGGCGUCCAAGGCCUGAUGCGCUCCCUACGUCCCUACUUCUCCCUCCCCUACAAACAUAACCUGCGGAUCAAUACCAUCUGCCCCUGGAUGACGGAAACCCACCCCGCCCUAACCAAGAAACUCUGUGACCGCUGGACGAAGGAAGGGCUGCCGAUUAGUACAUCCGAUGAGGUGGCUAGGGUCACUGCGGGGGUGUUGGUGGAUGAUACCCUGAAUGGCACGUCUAUGUAUAUUGAAGGCGGACGAGCCUGGGAGUUUGAGGCGAAUAGUAGUCGCUUGGAGGGGCAAUGGUUGGGCGAGGAGCCUUCGAGGGUAUUGGAGAGAGGGCAGAGGGUGCUUAGGGAGGCGUGGGCCGCGUAGAGGCGAGAGGCGUAUCGUAUGGCUAUGGCUAUGGCUAUGGCUAUGGAUAUGUUAUGCUAUACCUCCGCGGUUGACGUCGACGUAUAAGUACGACUACGAUUAAGAUCCUCGCUCAAGCUCCUGCACCGUGCUCGUUACGCCUUGGUUUGUGAUACAGAUACAGAUAUCCAACCCAUAGCAUGGCAUGGCAUGGCAUCCGCCAGAUUGAACCACGACACGACUUAUAUCCAUGCUUGUAUGAUGAAAUUCGAAACGGGAGAUGAAACAAAGGACGUGAUUUGAUUUGAUUACAUGGUUAUUUAUCUAUACGGAAGUGAACUACGAGUUACACGAUGAAACUAUUCAAAACGGGAAAUAAACCAACAGCUGGAAUCUAAUUACAAUGUCCUCAGUAUCUAGACAUUUCUUCAUAUCAUGGCGAACAA